AUGUCAUUAUCUAUGACAGAGCUGAAUCGAAAGUUGAAUGGUUACGUACCACUUAAGCCUACGGACAGAACCAAGUACUUUCUCCGUGACUUUUAUAAGACCCUUCCUCCUGAUGGAAAAGAAAAUCUGGCGCAGGAUAUUUCAGGGUGUGAAAACGAUGAGACACUUCGGCAACUCGUCCAAAGUAUUCGGACUGGUUUGCUGGUUCCCUUGAAAGCACAGGGUGGUAAAACACCCACUGAAAUCACUCCGUCUCCGCGUUCUGGUAUUGAAGAUUCAAUCGAGGAUCUUAAGAGCCAAAACAUCGAACCUAUUAGCAGAAGUUAUCAGUCGCAACUCCGGAACCACUGUUUAGAAAGAGAUGGUAAUAAAUGUCUUGCAACGGGGAUGUACAGUCAGGCCCAUGCCUACCCACCGAACGUACUUACGACCUCCCUUGAAGCAGCUCAUAUUAUUCCAUUUGCAUUUGGAUCCUUUCAGGCCAAUAACAGCGAGUCAGUGGAUCGAAAUACGAAGAUCUGGGUCAACCUAAGACGCUACUUCCCAGCUCUUCGUAACAUGUCCUUCACCCCAGAACAGAUUAAUUCAGAAAAGAAUAUCCUAAUGCUAGACGCCGAAAUUCAUAAGGAAUUCGGACAAUUCAGAAUUAUCUUUGAAGCGACCGGAGUUACUCAUCAAUAUCGGAUCAAGACCUUUUCGGGCAUCAGCACAAGGACAUUGAGAGAUUUACCUCAAAGUCGGCUUGUCUAUUUCACAGUUCAUAAUGGAAGUUGGGAACUUCCAGAUCCUCAAAUUCUCGAAAUGCAUGCUUGCAUUGGAAAAUUCCUACAUAUGAGUGGCCAGGCGGAGGUGAUCGACAAGAUCCUAGAAGAUUUUGCAGACUGUGGUGGGCUUGCCCCGAGUGGAAGCACCAAUAUCGCAGACCUUCUUGCAGUGAGCUGCCUCGCAGUCCUAUGUUGA